AUCAGCGCACCACCCCAUCACACAGGCGCAGCCAACGUCGCCUGAGCUGCGAUACCCUGUCCACUAUUAUUUCCUUUCUGCUGUGUGCUAUACGUACUGCUACUGGUGCUGCUGCGCUUUCCCAGCUCGCUUGCCGUGAUCGUGCCUGCCUUUGGCCUGGGCCGCCCCUCUCAUGCCCACCCCCUUCUUUCUUCCUCGCUCGCUCUCUUUCCCAUAGUCCACUUCCCUCUCCCACUCCAAAAAUAUAUACUGAACACGAUCUCUUCCCCCCCAAAAACCUAUUAUUAGAACCAUCCAACGCCAGAUCCAGCCCACAUCGCUGCUGCAAGGCCCGUCGCGCAGCUAUACACGACCGAUUAAAAUCCCAUAGAGGCAAAAAAUAUACGAUUCAGGCACGCUUCUCUAUCCGUCGAUUAUAUCCUGCCUCGCCGCCAAAACUUUCGCUCUUGUCCUUUAGCAGCCAACUGAUUAAUUGCUCUCUACUCCGGUAACGACUCCGUGUAGAUGCCUACGUCUUCUUGAGCUCGUCCCUCGACUUCCCAGCCGAGUUCCGCCAACCGACGCUCCCGCGACGGCGAUUUCCUCGCGUGGUCGCGACGAGCACCGUCUCGCCAGAUAUCUUGCUUGCAGACCCCGGGCAAGAUCUCCCAAACUCCUCUCUCUCCGAACUACUCUUUUACCUUCGUAUAAUACCUAGCCACCAUGGGUCGAAGAAAGAUUGAGAUCAAGGCCAUCAAAGAUGACCGAAACCGCUCAGUAACGUUUCUGAAGCGAAAGGGCGGACUGUUCAAGAAGGCUCACGAGCUUUCUGUGCUCUGCUCCGUUGACGUGGCAGUCUUCAUCUUCGGCAACAACAAGAAGCUUUACGAAUACUCGUCUACCGAUAUGCGCGAGCUGAUUGGCCGUUACCAAUACCAUGGCGGACCCAACGAACAUAGAGGCCCAGCUGACUACAGCGGUGGCGGCGGCGACGAUGACGAUGAUGAAGAAGGCGACGCUACGCCUCCACGAGGAUCCGAUUCUGGCCAGGAUGCCGGCAUGAUGCCGCCUCAGUUUCCCGGCCAGCAACCAGCACCAUUUCCCCAGAUCCGACAUCACGAACCCUCAGCCUCGCCGCCUGUGCCAAACGGCGCCCAGCUCCCUCAGCAUGGUGGCCAUCCGUCACGCACACAUACCCCUCAGCCCGGCCCUGGAUCGCGGCCCGGAUCUCGAAAUGACGUUCGCCGCGUGGCCAACAUGGCACCACCGCCUGUCAAUCCUCAUGGCGGCAUGGCGUACAUGCAGAACCCCCAAAUGUACAACGCACCUCCUCAACAACAACAGCCCGGCGUGGUCCAACAUCAAGGCGGACCACAGUAUUAUCCUCAGCAACCCCAUGGUCAACCUCACCCGCAACAGUUUGUAGACGAUCGCCGUCAGCAAGCUCCCCCUGGCUUUCCUAUGCAGCCUCAACAUGGCAUGCCUGUUCCUCCUCGACCUGACCAACCUCCAAUGCACACACAACCUGGCCCUCCCCAACAGCUUCCACACACAAGGAUAUCACCCCCGCCUCCUCCUCCGCGCCCACAUGAGAUGCAAGCCCCCGCAGAAUCCGACCGACCCCAGCCGCCUCUUCUCAACACCGAUGCUGCUAUUCGGAAAUUCCGACAGAAAGGCCACAGCAUCUUUACACCCAUUGAAGCGGGCGAUUCUGUCUUAUCACAACAUCUGGCAUCUUUUGCGGAGCCGUCUCAGCUAACCAAGGGCGAGUCUUCGGCAAGAUCACAAUCACUUGACGGCAGCAACAACUCUAAAUCAGGAAGCUCGCCUCCGUUCCAGCGAUCUCAAAGUAUAACAGAAAAGGGCCGCAGCUCAGCAACACCAAGCUCAUCAGAACCGCUAUUUGCUCCUCCACCGCGGCAUAACAGUAUUCCCAGCGCUGGAGGCGCAGCUGGUGCUCGACCCAGAGGUCCGCGACUUACCGUGCAAAUUCCAGAUGGUGCUUCUGAAGCCGGUGGCAGCGCUGGCGGAUCCAACUCUCCCCGAAACCCAGCGAUUACACCAACACAAGCACCACGAAGCGCUGUUCUCUUGCCGCCCCCGUCGCCGUCGGCUUCGGCGCUGUUGUCUGCUGGUGCUACCGGACCGCCAAACCCCUUUGCACGACCGCUUCCACAGCAGCCUGUCAAUGAGACGCCAGUAUCUGCGCUCCCUUCAAGAUUCCUUAGCAACGACUUUUUACCAAGCCCGAGCAGUUUUUAUCCAGACUGGAAUCUUCGUGGCGGUGACAACGCGCCAGCAAGUCCCCUAAACUUUGCUACGCCCGUGGUGAGCUCCGGGCCGAGCUUUCUACGAGACGACCCGUAUCAUCCACCACCGUCCAUGAAACGAAAGAGUGAGACUGGUCCCAGCUCGAGUAUGCCAGAAAUACAAGCGGAGCCGAAGCGGACCAAAGUGGAGUAGUAUGAUUGAGAGAUGGAUGGACAAGUGAUUUCUUUUCUUCCUGUUUUCACUGUAUUUGCCGAUACCCCAUGUCGCUGCCUGAAGCAGCGGAUGAUGUUAUGACGUUGAAUGAGUGUGGCCAGCGUGACGCCACGAGGCAAUUGUUGAAAGUAUUUUCAAUGCCAUUUUACUGGAUCUGGAUACAGCGAUGGCGUCGUCUACCAAUCUGGUGUUGAUCUAGUCAAUCACCUUUUGUGUAUAUUCUUUUCUUUUCUUUUUUCUUUAUUAUCUAUAGAGCCUAUCAGGCAAGGCUUGGACCAUUUCUCUUCCCUCUAGUUGGCAGUUUAUGCAUGAAUGUGGUUUCAUGGAAUGAGCAUUUGCUACGUUGUCUUAGGACUGGCUGGUGGCUUGUGCUUAACCGGCUCCAUUGGCCUUUGGGCCGGCACUUCUUCUUUGUUUGGGAUGGACUGGCGUCGGAGCAGAAUGUUGAACGGUCAAUGGCCUUGAGCGUUUGCUGCUUUUCUUUUCUUUUCUUAUCCUUUCUUUUCUUUUCUUUUUGUGUUUGUUACUUUGCUUGCGUCGGCUGGGUUUCCAAUUAUAGAUUAUAUGGGUAUACAAAAUACAGAUGUAUUAUUCCAAUCGUGGUUGAUAUUCGUAGUUGCUUAAUUGUACAAAUGUGGGUAAAUUCAAAUAUAAUAUUGGCUAUAUGCGCACCGAAUGUCUAUAAAUGGCCGUGAUAUAUCGUAGUAGCAAGCUCCCAAACGCCAAAACACCAUAAAAGUAGGAAGAAACGAUAAAGGCGAAACAAAGAACAAAGUAUCAUGAUCAUUAAUUUGAUGCCAAGUCGUAGCAAUUUACUUGGAUGCCGAUUUUAAGACUCCUUUGAGAAUCCACUGCGAAUAGUGUUAGCAAAGACCCUUAUUCAAAGGGGCAAAUACAAGUCAACUUACAAUCUCGCCAUUGGCAACCUGGUUAGCCACGCGGUCUACCUCGACGCCAUCGGGCAUGAUGACUCUCUUGCCGUCCUUUUCUUCCCACCAGACUUCGCGGCCCAGGACGGUCUUGACCUUGUCGUUGGCCUUCCACGGGCUAGUUGUGACGAGAUGUGCUUCCACAAAGCGGCGCAAGUUCUUAUCGGCGCGCUCCUUGCCAUCGUCCCCUUCGUAGAUGUGCGCGCCGUGCUCCUCAAGUUCCUGGGAAUCUUCCCAAGGCUUUCGCGGCAGGCUGUCCAUGGCGGAGUUGAGCGGUGCCAGGACCGUUGUGUUGACGGCAAAGCUGCCGAGCAGGGUCUCUGUGGAAGCAUGCAUGCGCGCUAGGGAAGAGAAUGUGGUAAGGGCACGGUUGCUGCCGAGAAUAUCGGACAAGGGAACUGCAGUGCGGACGGGCUGGUCGAGGUUGUCGGGAGCGGCGGGGUUGAGGGGCGCCUGACCCUUGUGGGUGUUGUCUGACAUUUGGAUGGCUUUGCUGUUGAAGGGCGGGCGGUUGGCGACGACGAAGGGGAGAGCGAGGAGGGCGACACCGGAUACGCCAAUGAUGAAGCGCUUCAUUUGGGAGAGGGCGGGGUGUGGUGUGUGUGAUGCGAGGGGCGGGCAGCGGCGCAGGUUUCUGGGUGGUCGGUGUAGGAUACUGUAAGCUAGGUCGCACUAAAUAAGAUGCUGAUGUGAAAAUGGCUGGCGCGAUGCUGGCUAGAGAUGCUCGUUGAUGAUGAAUUUGUCGUGUGAGGUUGAGAGGUUAGGAGGGAUGUCACGAGAGCAGAGACGUCAUGACGCUAGAUGACUAAGAAAUAUUAGUGGUGAGCAUUUACGGUGGACAGUCACUAUGACUACAGCCACCAUCACCAUGGUUGAAUAAGCAAGUAAAUAUACCGAUGAUACUGUCAAGAAUUUUUAAGUAUGUUGAAGGAUCCAUGGCGAAUUCAAUCGUCGUAUCAGGGUAGACUAUAUGAUGCUCCCAGCAACCUUGGCCGGGAUUAGGCAUGUCAUACCAAUCAAUCCCCCCCUCAAGCUGCCACCGUUUGGCAAUGUCUCGCUCCGUUAUUAGUAGUUCUAUGGAACCAGGAGCACUGUGCUGUACCCAAAAUUCCGUGUUGUCGGGUAGCUUACACCCGCCGUACUCUAUGCCUAUUGCGGUGAGAUUAUAAGCUGCCGUUUCUCAUGUAGCCAUGGAUGUACAGCUGUGAUAUAGUCGCCAGCCUUGGGCUUGACUUCUAGCCGUGGGCCUCUGUAAAAGCGAAACCAAUCGUCUUCUGGUUCUUCGUCCUCAUCGUCCUCGUCAUCAUCGUCAUCUUCGUCGGGGCUCACAUAGCCUUCGUCGCGGUAGUCGUCCAUAUAAAUCAAAUUCAUGAGUCGUUUAUUGUUACUAUAAUAGAAGAGACAGGCUCACAAGUGAUGGAAGCCGUAGCAACGCGGUGCGUUGUGCCAUCUUCGUUGAAGAAGGGAACAAGACCAGAGUUGGCGUCCGUGAUGUCUCUGAGAACAUGGACACUAUCAACAGCGCUUUCAUUUGCAGUGAAUUUCCAUUGAAUGCGACGAAAGGCAACAGACCCAAAGUUCUUUUUAGACCCGACGUAGCUCUCAAAAGGGCGUCGUGGUUUGUCCGUCAUCGCGAACCACGUGUGCUUAGUUCCCUGGUAUUGAGAUGCAAAAGCACGCACGCUAUUGAGAAAAAUGAAAAAAAUGUAAAUAAAUCUUAUAGUUAGUGAUGUCUACAAUAGGAGAGAGGUAGCCCGAUUCCUAAAUCGACAGACUGCUGGGGGAAAUUACCAACACUACCU